UAAAGGAAGUAUAAACGUGUAAUAAUUAAGCCUUUUGUUUAUACAUAUUCGUUAUCCGUUAUCAUGUAUGUGGACAUCUUUGAAGGGACUGUGUAUAAUUUUGAUACAUUGAUAAAAAGGUCAUUUUUUUAUGUGUUUUAAAAAUAAACAAUAAAUCAAUGGGUUAUCCAUGCUGAAUUUAAGCACGUAAACUGUCGAAAAAAAGUUGAAAUAUUUUAUAAUAUGACUUUCAUGGAUGUGAAUGUACUUCAUAUUUGACUUGUUCAUUAAAAGAACUAAUAUUUGAAGACAAUAGCUAAUUGCUAUAUUUAUUAUACACGCUAAAUAUCUGUGAUAUAAGUUUUCUGGACAAGAUGACUUCCCGUUUAUGAGAUACAUCAUUGUUUAAGAAGUGUAUAUGUUGUACGAAAAAAAGUUAUGAGUAAAAUAUUUGCAGUAUCAAAAAUGGUUAUUUUUUUCUCCCAAGAUUUGCGGCAUUUGCAAUUGGUACACCAAAAUUCGCUUCCUGUCAACUUACUUUUUAUUUAUUGCAUGUGACCUUUCAACAAAUAACCAGUCAGAAUUUCAAAUACUUUCAUAAAGCUGACGCAACUUAUUUUUAGAUACAUUAUUAUACUUCCGCCAAUAUAAAGAGCUGAUGGUUGCCAUUGUUGUUUUAUACAUGUAUAUAACUAUUUAAAAACUUCCUAUUUGCUGUCGAUUUUUACAUGUAAAGUUUUUCAAACUUUCAUUCGUUGUUAUUAAUACCUCUCCGCGUAGUACAAGUGAUUUUGGAGUCUUUAAUUUAAUAAUUCAUUGAUAUUUUAAACAUUAUUUAUUGAAUAUUGUUGAUUAUAUUCGCGACCGUUCGAUAUACUAGUGAGAUCUUUUAUCAUUAUCAAGACUUAACAAUAAGUGUAAAACUGAUCAUACUUAGAGAAUAUAAAAUGCGUGCCUUAUUAAACUAGUUUAAUAAAACUUUUAAAAUACGACUUUCUGCCGAUCGUUUGAUCAUUUUAGUCUAAGAGUCUGUUAUUUGAAAAGAAACAAUACACUAUUAUUCAUUACACGUUAGUAUAGAAAUUCCUCCUUUUUUAAUCAUUGUAGACUAACGUCUUCGUGAAAUACGUCAACCUCAAACAUGUUAUUACACUUUGUCUAGUAUAAUACCAGAAACUUGACGGUAGAAAUAUUUUUUUUACAUGUGUAAACCCGGCUGAAUAACGCACAAUUGAAUUUGAUCUAGAAGGGGUCUUGUCUUAAAUGUGUAUGUUACAAGGCGGGAUAUAGGCACGCUCAAACACCAGAAAAAAGUCAUUUAAUCAUAAGAAAAGUUAUCGCCGUUUUUCGAAUAUUAAUUACUGCUUGAUGCAAAGCCGAAAUAUGGCUAUGGAUGUUUAUACAGCACUGAGUAACAAAAGGAACGAUCAAACUGCUUGACUUAACAGUUAUUGGAAUUAUUUGAGUAUUUCACAAACAUGGGAUACACAUAGUACGUAACUAAACACGGAACAGUGAUUAAUAUGUGUUAUCCUUGUCCAAUUAAAGUGAAAAUAAGGGAAAAAACCAGUUAAUCACAGCACAGAGUAAAGAAGGAACGUUCAAACUGCUUGACCUAACAUCUGAUUAUUUCGCAAACAUGGGACACACAUAGUACAUAACUAAACACGAAACUGAUUAAUAUGUGUUGUCCUUGUCCAACAGAAAAAAAGACAUGAGGAAAAACCAGUUAAUCAUCUCGCUAAAUUUAGACAUCAGCAGAUUAAGGUCGUGGACGUUUUGCCGGCUGACGUUGAUUUCAUCACAAGACAUUUGAUUCAUUGAGUUGACACAAUGGCGAAGAAACGAAACAGAAAGUCUACAAGUAAAAGGACAGCAGCAGAAACUGGAGAAAAGGUGAUCAACAUCAAAAACUGUCAUACAGUACAGAUUGGCCAAACUAACAUAUCAACUUUAGAUAACGGCUAUGACGAUUCUGCAUCCAGUCAAGUCGCAGAGUUGUCGUGCAGCAAACGGUCUGGCAGUGAAACUUGUCUUCUUGUUCUCAAGAACCUACUAAAAGACAAAGAGAAGCCAGUGCCUCUAGAAAAUUUGAGCGAGUGUGUAUCGGAAAUAUUGCAAAAAGGGGAUUCAAAGUCGUUUGAGGACCUUUGCCAAAUGUCACUUAAGGACUAUCUGUUAGUGCAUAAUAAUGAUUUUCAUGUUUAUGAAGAACAAAAAACAGUGUAUGUUGCACUCAUUAAGAAUAAAAGGAACAGAAACAAUGCCCAAGAUCAUGAUUCCGUUUCUUCGAAGAUUUCACCUUGUGCUACUGAUACGGCAUCGAGUGGAGGAAAUGACUGGAAUUAUGUGCCAAAGAAAAAGAAAAAACACAGGCAACAAAAUGGCCCAAAGUCCAUGGCCAGAGAGAUUGUCUCUUACCGAACUGAGGAAGAUCCGACAGUGAAGAAGUUCAAAAGCCUCUUAUCUACAAACGAAGACAGAGACAUACUGUUUAUUCCACAUCAUAAAACGUAUGCCGAAAGUCAGGGGAAAUGUAUGCAAGAUAUUGUCUCCAUGUGGAAUACACCGCAAAGAACGAAGUCAUACAUUCUUAUUGGCGUGGAGAAAACCGAUGGACAGCUGAAGUUAAAUGGCAUUACCAAAGACGUCGACGUGACAUUUUAUGACACUGAAAAUCUUUUUGGUAUGGAGUUGUUUACCAUGAGACCAACAUACCAAUGUUUCAUUGUUGAAUAUGAUCUAAAUAGAUUCAUUCUACUAGAAAUCGCUUCUAGCUGUGGGAAAGGACAACCAAGUAUUGUAAAAUCUCUAUAUGAUAAGGGAGGUGUAGUUCUUAAUGUAAAUGAAUUAUGGUAUAGAAAAGGAUGUUGUAAUGUUGUCUGUCCACCGACCGAUUUAACUAUUGGUUCUAUUUAUCAGUGGUUUCUAGGGACAACACCAGUUGUACAAAUGGAAGCGGAACCGGCAGAGGUAAGUUAUAGAGAAACAAAUACCAUAUAUUCAAUUGAUGAGCAGACAGCAACUGAUCCAGAGGAAAACGGGUCAUCUGAUGCUACAUUGCCAGAAAUAGGUAAGGACUUUACACAGUUUUGGAGCUAUGUAAAUUCUUUCAAAAAGAAUCAUAGUUACAUUUUGCUUUCAGGCGAUGUUCCUAAUGAGCAACUAAACUUGGCAAAACUUUCUUUGAUAGAUUGGGUAGCUGUGUAUGAUUUCGAUGUUUUCAGUUGUUCGAAUGGCUUAUUCAAUGCUGUCCAAGAUUCCCUUGAAAGCAGACGACAUCUACGCAUUGGAACCUGGAGGGAAGCACCACCUUAUCCGACGGAAGAUGGCACUUACUGGUGCUUUCUUCGAGGUCGUCGUGAAAUAUCAGAGACAAGGACUGACUCUCCCGAUGGACUUAUCGAAUCUCCACAAAGUUGGUUCAAAGUAGCAAAGCCUGGUCUAAUCGAAAACUGCGAACAACUGGCAAUAUUUUCAGACAAUUACACAGUUUUUACAGUCGUUAUAUUGUGGCCUAAGAAAGAAGAACUUGUACCAUUCAUCAAGAAAUAUUUGGACAGGUUAGUUGAAAUUCUUACACACACUCCAAGAAUUGUAUUGUGUCUAAACGAAGACCCAGUCACUGAAAUGGGACAAUUGCAUUUCAAAUCUCUGUGUCAUGAGUACAGUAGUAAUAUUCAUAUAUGCAAGCUCAGUUUUAGCAAGCUUUGUCUUGGAAUAGGCAAUCACAUUUCAAAAGAAGAGCCAAUGCAUUCCCAGUGUGUGCUCCCAGUAGCAAGCUCGUGUUCGUAUCUUACACCCAUAAUACCAGAGAAAGAUACAGUGUGGUUGAAAGAGGAUCUUGAGGUGCUGUACCUUGAAAAUCCGUACAAGAAGUCUUCAGAUGGUGAAAAUAUCAUCGAAUAUGAAAUGAUGAAGUUUUACAAGGGUGGUACAUUACACUGGUUCGCGAGAUACCAAAAAGAUGAUGACAGCAUAGAUAUAGAAAGGGAUGAAAUGAAGAGAUUAGAGGAAACGAUACAAAACCAUAUUGAUGAUUACAGAGCUUCAGUUAUAAAUUUUUUCCACGCCCCAGGAUCAGGAGGAACAACUCUAGCCCAAAGAGCCUUAUGGAACUUCCAUAAACGUAUCCCCUGUGCUCAAGCACGAGCUGGUACAUUCCUGAAGUCAAAAGACCUUGAGAGAAAAUUAUCUUUCCUUCAUGAAAAGACACAGUUACCCGUGCUGUUACUUAUCGAUGGAGAAGAAGACUCAAAAGUCAAAUAUCUUUGCAAUACAUUGAAACACACCAUUAUUCUACACGCGAAACAAUUUCCAUGGAACAUGCAGAAACUCGGAGAAAAGUAUCAGAAGGACAAAAUAUACCUAUCCGGACGUUUAUCGGGGAAAGAAGCUGAGAAGCUGGCUGCAAAAUUCGGCGAAGGAUGUGGUAGCACAAAGCAAAAACGCCUUUACAAAAUGAGAGAUGAAAUAAUAAGUAAAAAGACGCAUCACUACAUGUAUGAGUUUGGCAUGACAGUUUAUCACCAUGAAUUCAAAGGUCUGGUUUCUUACGUUGAAGGCUACUUGCAACUUGAGAAAAACCCAACUGAGGAUUUAUUACCUUGGCAACGUUGUCUUGGAUAUCUUUCUCUUGUGUAUUAUUAUGGACAAACCUCUGUUCCAUGCCAGUUUUUCGCGGCGUUGUUUGGUAAACCAUCUGAUUACACGAUGGAAUUAGAAAAAGAUUUCCCCUAUCCAACCACAGAAUUUGUGGUCUGUGAGACAUAUGAAAGAAGAAAAAAUACUCUCAGAAUUUGUCACUAUGAAAUUGCAAAAGAAAUACUGGAGCAAUUACUGUCCAGGCAUUCGAGCGGGAAAUCUAGAGCACGGUCAGAUUCUCUCAGUCGUUGCGCUCGUGGAAACUUAGCGUCUUUAUGCAAGGAGUUCAUUGAAUACUGUAACAGAAAAAAGACAAAAGACAGCGUGUAUUGCCAAACUGUAAAGCAUAUUCUUACAAAGACUUUCAUUCACAGAGAUGAAAGGGACAGAGGAGAAAAUGAAGAACAAGACACAAGGAAAAAACAGCAGGUAUCUCCGCUUUUACUCGAUAUUCCCGCUAGCAAACCUAUGUUCACCGAAAGACUGCAGAUACUUGAAAAAUUGUCGAGUUCAUUCCCAGACGAUCCAAAUUACCACGCACAUGUUGGGCGUUUCCAUGCAUUUUGCGGUCCGGAUAAUGAGGAAAAAGCUGAAGCUCGUUUCAAAACAGCAAUUAAACUUUGUGAAAAGAAAAACAAAGGUAAACAGGAAGAUGAACUUGACGACUCAAUGAGAUCUACGCUUAUGCAUAUAUACCAUAUGUAUGGUAUCGUUAAAAAGCGCAAAGUUAGUUCCUUUACUGGAAGAUCACAGAAAGAUCAAGCAAAGAUCAUGUCCACAGAAUCUGAGUUUAAUAAUAAAAUAACAGAGUUGGUACAUACAGCAGAUAUGUCCAGUGACUUUUUCACAAAGAGUAGAGAAAUGACCCCAGACGCAUGCGACUUUUUCACCAAUGCUUUCAACAGUGAAAUAGAAGUAAGACUUCAAAUUUGUGAUUACAUUAUGAGACACUUUGACACAAAAGCAGAACCAGAGAAGAUCUUCAAAGCAUUCCUUGAUUCAUCUGCCGAUGAAGACUGCAAGUAUUUUGUGGAAAUCAGCAUUCAGAAGAUAGAAAGACUAAUUCUUGAGUGCUACAUGGACGUUAAUUUGGAAGCAGAAGACCAAACCACUUUGAGGAGGCUAGUAAAGUGGUACAAUGCAUUGUUCAAACGUCAGAUUUUACCUGCAGAGUCAAUGACAGCGGACAAUGAAGUUAGUGACAUACGGUUACAAAUAACUUCUAUGAAAAUCCAGUAUGGGGCACAGAAUCUGAGUAUGGAGUGCGUUUUUGAGGAAGAUGUGUUCAAUAAAAUCAUAGAUUUGUAUGAACAGAUGUUCAAGCUUAUUCAGAGCAAGGGUAUUGGGGAGAAACUAGGCAAGAGAGAAAUCGAGUACGAUUAUAGAGAAUGGAUAUUUGCCAUCCGGCAAGAUAUCUGUAGGAAGACCUAUAGCAUUGAAGAGGUGUUGAUACAUGUCCAAAACUGGCACCAUUUAGUACGUUCACCGAUGUCAACGUAUUACUUAUUUGUUCUUAAGAGUCUUCUGGGAUUCGGUACAGAUACGACACCUGGGAAAACGGAAUAUUUGUUUGAUGCAAAAAGUCUAAAAACCGAACUAUCGAAAAAGAAUGGUUUGGUAAUUCGUCCUAAAUAUCCUAGGGAAUGGCUUGGAAGCUCUGGAGAUGGCAUACGAGUCCUUCAGACCGCCAACAGAAGGAUAGGAUUAAAUGAAAACAGAGAGGCUGGACGGGGUCUCACUGAUUUGGCAGUGUGUAAAGGAACAAUAUGUCAUCCAAAUAAUAGUAAGUUUGGGGGUCGGAUAGAGUUAGAUUUGAAGGUAAGCACAGUAAGCGUGUUUUACAUUCCAAAAAGAAGUAAUCUCGAAGGACCUCGUUACGGCGGGCGGCGAGUCGAAUUCAAUCUUGCGUUUAGUGUGGAACAUGGAUAUGAAGCCUUUCAUGUCAAACUGUUAAAGAGACAUGGCUGUACUUCAUGCAGCGCAACGGUUGAAUUCAAAAGUGUUGACGAUUCCUUGUCUUGUACUUGCGGGGAAAUGAUACACAAAGACCACCUGAAUGAGGUCAGAAUAGAAGAAGAUACUGAUGGAAUUUAUCAGUUCCAUGAUUGCGUAGAAUGAUAGGUUUUGUGCGUUCAGUUUUAAGAUUAUCAUGUACUGAUAUCAGUGACCAUUGGUGUAUUUUCAGUUACCAAAGUAGGUGUCUCAACAUUACUUUAGUUCAACUGUCAAUAAUUCUGCAUAUAUUUUACUAAAACAGAUAAUAUACACUUAUUACAUAUUGAAAAUACAGGGUCAGCGUACGUAUUCUAUAUUAAAUUCUGUAACAUUGUAAACUGCAACGCCAAACCUCAAAAUUCUUAUAAAUACACAUCGAUAAUAGUUUCACAGUCAGUUUGCGACUUGCUCUUGACAGUUUCGAAUGAGUCAUUGAAACUUUCCAGAUUUUCGACACUAUUUCACAUGUUUGUUGCUUACGGUGUGAAGACGAUUGCAUGUAGUCAGUGAAGGUUUUAAAGUUAAAUUUGAUAUGUAUACUGAUUUCCAACUGCCAGUGUAAAAAUGAUGCAGGCUUGUCUAUUCUCCCCAAUAUAGAGAAGAAUAUUGAGGGUAUAACGGCACAUAGUCGUCACUCAGUUAUUUCCCGUUAAGCCCUCGACAUACUAUACAUUCAGCUUUUCCUCCUCAGAGGGUUGAUGCUAAUACAGUUUACAUCUGCAGUAUCACGGGAGGGGAUCCAACAUAUGUAUUCCCGAAUGGGCACCGCUUAAAUUCAUAUGUUGUG